AUGGAGGAUCACAUUCUUGGAGAGGAUCUACCGCUCCCACCCGCACGCCUUUUCGAACGACUCUCCCAGCUACCGGGCUAUACGUGGGACCAAUCAAGCGAGCCGUUCCAUUCGACCUACAGUCACUGGCAUGUCUUCGGAAACCGUCUGUCACCGGAAUCCGAUGCCUCCACGCCCGCCGCAACCUCCUCCGGUCCCUCCAGCCUUGCCCGCCAUUCGCCCCGUGCCGAGUCCCGUCCUGCGUUCCGCCAUCAUUGGAGAAACAGCUUGAGCGAAUCCAGCAGCGAGAUCUCCCUGUCCAGACUUGAUCAAGAACCAGCAUGGAUCCCCGUGAUAGCCCGCGUCUCCUCCCAUAUCGUGAGGCUCGAGCGCGAGUUUCACAUGAUCAGAUCCGUCGUUCAGACCUCUGACCCCGACUGUAAUCAUACAAUACGACCCCUCGAUCUGAUCCGUCUACCGCCAGAUCCGGGUGACAUAGGACCUUUGUUGGUGGCUACCUUCGAAUCGCCUGGUCCUAAUAUGCUUCGCGAGCUGGUUGCUUUUGGGCCGGCGUGGUUUGCCGUGGGGGCCAAGAGUGACAGCAACGACUCGACUCCCGGAGAGCAGGUUUCUCUCGCGACUUUUCUCGAUUUUGCGAUUGGCGCGUGCGACUGCUUGGAACUCCUACAUUACGGCUUGAAAACAGUCCAUGGUGAAAUUCGCGGUGAUGCGUUUCACUUUAACCGGGAUACUGCCUCCGUGAAAUUGACGAAUACGGGAAACGGUGCAAGGUCUUUUGAUAACAUUCUGAGUGAGGGUUGGUCAUCUUUAUCGCGGGAGCUAGGCGUGAAGAAUAAGCUGCAGUUCAUUGCCCCUGAGCAGACAGGCCGUAUGCCUACGGAACCCGAUAGUCGGACGGACAUUUAUGCUUUGGGUGUGCUCUUCUGGACAAUGCUAGUUGGGAAACCGGCGUUCACCGGUGAGGAGGCGGUCGAGGUGGUGCAGAAUGUGCUCGGGAAGAGGAUGCCCCCGGUCUCUGCCAAACGUAUGGAUAUCCCCGAUGCCGUCUCGGCCGUGAUUCAGAAGAUGACCCAGAAGACGGUGACCGAUCGCUACCAUACAAUUUCGUCGGUGAAGAGGGACCUAGCGCAGAUCUCCCAACUGCUUGGUGAUGGCAACAGCGAAGCCCUAAAGGACUUUCAGAUUGCCCAGCGUGAUGUGUCUUCGUUCUUCACCCUUCCAUCUCGCAUGUUUGGACGACGGCAAGAGUACGACAAGAUCAUUGGUGUGGUUGAAAAAGUUCACAGGCGUCAACAGUCGGCCCUGGCAAGGUCAGCGGCCCAGAACUCUAGUGGGCUAGGAUCUGGUUCCUCGAUAUCAGAUAGCCGUGUCGAUAGCUUUGAGAUCACGUCAGCUUCCAGUGACUCGGGUUCAUUCCAUCUGGCUGCACCCAAAGCCAACUCGAACGGCGGGCUCAAUCCUCUCGGACGCGUUUCGACCCAUGAGUCGCUCCAUAGCACCGAGUCAUCGUUAUCCACUCCUAAACCUGGAAGCAAAGCCAAGAGUCCCGUAGAUUCGACCCGUUCUUCGUGGGAGACAAUCGAUCGCGAUAGUCAACCGUCCACGAGCACCAACACACCGAGCCAUGGGGACAAUACUCUAGCGGUCCACAACAGACACAAGGCGGCACACAAGCUCCGUCGCUCUGCGCGUUGCGAGGUGAUCACCAUUAGCGGUGCGGCGGGAAUAGGGAAGACGGACCUUUUGAACCGGGUGCAGCCGGCCAUUCGCAAGCUUGGUUACAUUGGAAUUGCCCGUCUUGACCGAGCAAGACGGAUUCCCUUCGAGCCCUUUGCCAAGAUCCUUGCCAGUCUCUUGCGCCAGAUUUUCUCCGAGCGCGAUGUCACAACAGAUUAUCACAACAGUGUGCGGACGGCAUUGCGCCCGAUGUGGUCCACUUUGCAUCAAGUCCUGGAACUUCCGGAGCAACUGAUGUCGCCCGGUGGGAAAGAGAACGACGUCUCCCCAAGGCUCUCUGCAGCGCAAUACAUUCUGAAAGAUGCGUCAACCAGAGGGGAACCGUCCAAGCGGGUCGUGCUUCCCCGACUCGAUCGCGGCCAGAGCUCUGUGGAGUUCUUCUUGUCGAAUGCGGCUUUGAAGAACAUGCGCUUGAUGGAGACUUUCUUGGAGAUUCUGAAAACGCUAUCGCAAUUCAAGUUGAUCUGCGUGUGCGUCGAUGAUCUCCAUUAUGCGGACGACGAGACCCUCGAGUUGAUCAUGAAUGUCAUGAAAGCAAAGAUCCCAUGCGUGCUCAUCCUGACAAGCCGCCCAGCCGAACUUGAAUCCGACGCCAUCAAGUCACUCUUCGAGGCCGAAAACCCCAACAUCACCAGACUUGCUCUCAACCCACUUGGCGAACAGGAGGUUAUGGAACUCGUCGCGGCGACAAUGCACCAAGAGCCAAAUACGAUGCUGACGCCCUUAGCAGCUGUCAUUCAGGAAAAGAGCUUAGGAAACCCGUUCUACGUACGGUUGAUGCUCGAAACAUGCUAUAGCAAGACCUGUAUAUGGUACUCAUGGAAGAAUUCUGUGUGGGAAUUUGAUCUGGAUCGAAUUUUUACCGAAUUUGUGGCACCUACGUAUGGCGAAGGGCUUGGUCUUGGGUUCAUGAAGAGGCGUCUUCUAGAAAUCCCAUCGUUGGCUCAGUUGAUUCUCGCCUGGGGUGCAUUGUUGGGGAGCCCGUUUUCGUUUUCUCUCGUCCAGAAGCUGCUUACGAGCGAGUUUCUGUACUCCAGUGAGGAUGAUGAGGUGCAGGACUUGACAUGUCCGGAUAAUGUGAACUUGAUCCGGCAGUCGGAAGCGGAUAUCGUUGUUGGGUUGCAAUAUCUUGUUCAGGCUAAUUUGAUUAUUCCCGGGAGGACGGAUGAUGAGUUCAGAUUUGCCAAUGAUCGACUGGCGCAGGCCGCCGCUUCGUUGACCGAAGGUCGAAAUGUCGAGAAAAUGCAUUUCAUCAUCUCGCAAGCCAUGAAAAAGUACUACCAUGAUGGUCGUAGCCGUUACGCCAUGGCUCGCCACGUCGCUUUCGCAUCGCGCAUAAUCGGAUCGCGUGUCGUCCAGCGACUCGACUACCGAAAAAUCCUUUGGGAUGCUGCGCAAACCGCAGCCCAGUCUGGCGCUCGACCAACGGCCCUGUGGUACUUCCGCCACUGCAUGGCCCUCCUUCAAGACAGCCCAUGGGAUGACAAUCUCACUGACGUUUACUACGACGAAACGCUGCGUUUGCACAUCGCCACAGCGGAGAUGUCGUGGUCCCAGGGUCAGAACACGGAUGCUCUGGUGUUACUUGAUAUGGUUUUCACUUAUGGGAAAACUGCCGUGUGCAAGUCGAGGGCGUGGAUCGUCAAGGCAAAGAUCUAUGCCCAAAUGGGAAAUCAUCUUCAAUCCAUGGAUUCCCUUCUCACAUGCCUGGAGGAGCUUGGAGUACAUAUUCGUGAGCCAACGACAUACGAAGAGUGCGAUGCUGCGUACAACAACCUAAAGGCGGUCGUCGAGAAAGCGAGCUUAGAAGCCAUUGUCCGUAAGCCGGUCAGCAAGGACAUUAACAUGAUCACCAUCGGUGCUGUCAUGGCUGAGGCGAUGGCGGUUACCUAUUGGGAUGAUGCGCUGACUUUCUAUCGAACUGCAAUCGAGAUGAUGAACCUCCAUAUCUUCCGUGGCGGAUUCGUCCAGAUCUCGAUCGGAUGCUCCCAUCUUGCUAUGAUCUCCUUCAGUCGGUUCAGGGACCUCGACCUCGCCACAAGACUCAGUGACUUGGCACUCAUGCACCUCGAUCGCUGUCCUGAACCAUGGACCCAAAGUCGCGGCUCCAUCGUCCACAACCUCUACGUUAGUCACUUGCGGGUUCCCAUGGCCUCGACACUCCCGGCAUUGGAGGACUCGUUGGAGGUUUCGUUUUCGAUGGGGGAUCCGUACAUUACGUUGAUCAGUUUGUCGUCUAUGGCGAUGACGAGGCUGUUUUUGGGUCAUGAUAUGGCACAGUUGGAGGCGUUCUGUAAUGAGAGCCCGGAUGAUAUCCCGGAAUGGUUGAAUGAUACCCGCGGAGGCGCUAGUCUUGUUGCUGUCCGGCAAGUUGCACGUGCUCUGCAAGGCAAGACGGCCAGCCAAUGUCCCGAAACAAUCAUGGAGGAUGAAAACCACAACACUGCACUCUUCAUGACCUACUUGGACGCCAAUGCGAGCAACGCUGACCGGCCUCGCGAUAUCUACUGGGGUCUCGCCAUGAUCCCUCUGUUCAUCUAUGGCCACCACACAAAAGCCAUCGAACUUGGUAUCCAGAUGAUGGAGACAAUGCCGCAAUUGUGGUCAGCCCGUGUUGCUUACGUUGUCUACUUCUACCUCGCACUCUCCCUUCUCACUCUCCACAAUGACUAUCCGGCGCGCGGGUACUUGGACGGAAACCUGAAGAUCGUCCUACAGUACAAAGCGGAAGUUGAUUUUGCACGGAGCACUUGUGAUGCAAACUACGGCAUGUGGUCGUUAAUUCUGGAGGCACUGAUCUACGAGGUUCGCAAUGAUCACACCUCUGCAAUCCAGACUUUCGAGGCCGCGAUCGACCACUGCCAAAUUCACGGGUGGCCGUUGGAAGAAGCCCUUGCACUCGAGUUGCACGGCGAGUUCCUGAUCCGACGCGGUGCCAAGAGAGCUGCACGUUCUGUGAUGCAAGACGCUAUCGCAGCAUGGGCUGCUAUCAGCGCAGCAGGGAAGGCAGCACAGCUUUCUGAAAAGCAUGAGUGGUUGCUUAAGACGGCUACUUCGUCGAGGAGCAUCGAUGUCGGAUGCCAAACUGUUGACUCGCUCGAGAUUGAUCAUACGGCAGUCGGACAAGAUCAUAUGGUGAUGACUCGGAACAUGGAGGAUGAUAGAAAGCAUCGCUGGAUAGAGCAGAAUGAAGUUACCACGGGGGAGCGGUCGCUUGAUAGUAUCUCUGCUUUUGGAAUCGACAUUAUCGAUCUGUCGAGCAUUCUCGAAUCCAGUCAAGUCAUGUCGUCUGAGCUCCAGAUCGAUAAGCUCUUCACCAAGAUGAUCGAGAUUGUGCUUGAAUCGUGUAACGGGUCGGACUAUGCAGUCAUUGCUACAGAUUUUGACGACAAUGGCUUCGCCGUUGCAGCCGCAGGUGAUCUUGAAAAAGGACAGAAGUCCUUCGUCGAUGGCCUCCCAUUCUCCGAAGUCGACGAUAAGAUGGCCCAGCAAAUCUCACACUAUGUGAUGCGUACCAAGGAGAGGGUUCUCGUCCACAACGUCCUCGAGGACGAACGUUUCUCCAACGUCAGCGAGGCCUACCAGGCACGCUUCCCAUUCGGUCGAUCUGUGAUCGCGCUGCCAAUUCUGCAAGCAGAGCAUCUUCUCGGAGUCAUCCAUAUCGAAGGGAAGCCGAAUUCCUUUACGCAACGAAACGUGAUGGUCCUCCAUUUGCUCUGCAAUCAGAUUGGUAUCUCGUUGUCCAAUGCGUUGCUCUUCCGGGAAGUUCGCAAGGUCAGCGCGACCAACGCGUCGAUGGUCGAGGCGCAAAAGCGCGCUCUCGCCCAGGCCCGCGAAGCAGAGCAGAAAGCCAAGGCCGCGGAAGCUGAGGCCAAUCAUAACGUGAAGCUCAAGGAAGAUGCGGCCAGAGCCAAGUCCAUCUUCCUGGCAAAUAUCUCGCACGAUCUGCGGACGCCGAUGAACGGAGUUAUUGGUCUUUCGGAGUUGCUCAAAGGUACUCAUCUGGAUAAAGAGCAAGAUGAAUAUGUCGAGUCGAUCCGUGUCUGCGCUGAUACGUUGCUGACGCUUAUUAAUGACAUACUGGAUUUCUCGAAGUUGGAGGCGGGCAAGAUGAAGAUCUCUACGGUUCCGUUGAAUAUCAAGGAGACGAUCUCGGAGGUUGUUCGUGCGCUGCGGUACACGCAUCGGGAUAGAGGCUUGGAGACGAUUGAAGAUUUGGAGAAAGUUCCGCCGGACCUUGUUGUGUUGGGUGAUCCUGUUCGUCUGCACCAAAUCUUCAUGAACCUGCUCAGCAAUAGCUACAAGUUCACGCCAAAGGGAUCCGUGGCUGUGAGGGCUAAGGUUUCCCGCGAGGGUAAGGGUCGUGUGCGUCUCGAGUGUUCCGUGACGGAUACUGGAAUUGGAAUUCCCGAGGAGCAGAAAUCGCGACUCUUCAGACCGUUCUCGCAGGCCGACAGCUCGACCGCAAGAUCCUAUGGGGGUAGCGGACUGGGACUCAGUAUCUGCAAAGCUAUCAUUGAGGAUGUCCUGGGCGGUGCGAUAUGGCUCGAUUCAGCGUCCGGCCGCGGCACAACAGUGACGUUCCACCUGUCCUUCAAUAAGGCGCCCAAGGAAACCUUCGCCAAAGCCACCUAUUCCCAGAGUCACAACCAAAUCGAGAACAAGACACCUGCGAAGCCAAUCGCCUGCGAUCUUUCCAUGGUUCCCCGCGAGCAGAUCCGCGUUUGCAUUGCUGAAGACAACCCCAUCAACCAAAAGAUCGCCGUCAAAUUCGUCGUCGGGCUCAACCUCCGAUGCGAAGCCUACAGCGACGGCCGCCAAGCAGUCGAAGCCCUGCGCGCACGCUCCCAGGAAGGAAACCCCUUCCACGUCGUCCUAAUGGACGUGCAAAUGCCAACUCUCGACGGCUACAACGCCACCCGCGAGAUCCGCCGCGACCCAGACCCCAACGUCAACGAAGUCCUCGUAAUCGCCAUGACGGCGUCCGCCAUCGAGGGCGAUCGUGAGAAAUGCAUCGAGGCGGGCAUGAAUAAUUAUCUUCCCAAGCCCGUGCGCUCGAGUAUCCUCUCCGAUAUGCUGGAUAAGUACCUCGCUCCUGUGCCGACUUAUACGAAGACAAGACUGGCGAUUCGUGACAAGAAUCGGGCGAGUGUUAGUGCUGCUGUUACUGGGUCUUCAUCUGAUGUUGGAGUGCCGAGUCCUAAUAGUUUUACGUCAUUGGGGUCGGAGAAUGUUGUUCUUUCGCCGGAUGAGAAACAGUUGGAGAAGUCUCCAUCAGAAGCGGAGUGA